AUGCCGAGAUUAGAACAAGUUUCAACCCAAGCUAUAAUGCUUCGAAAAGUCGUAGAAAAAAAGAAGUUAAAACCACUAGUUUUAGAAUUAACAAAACGCCUUGAAAGACUAGACGAGUCCAAAAUUUUAGUUGAAAGUGCAAUUGAACAAAGAAGAACCGCAGCACCCAAACCACCAGUUGAUAAAGCUGCUUCAACAAAGACAGGAAUCGAAAAGCAAUUAGAGGACAGCGAUGAACUUUUGAGUCAACUAAUAGCAGUUGGAAAUGAGCUUGUUACAAAUGUCCAAGUUGCUAAUGAAAAACGUGAAAUUCUUCGUAGAAAUUUUGAAUCAUCCAAAAGAGAUGCUCUUAUGGAAGAUUUGGAAAAAGAAUCUACAGGAGCAAUGGCACGUUUAGAUGAAAUAACGGGCAAAUGGAGUGAAUUACGUUCUAUAAAAGAACCAAUGGGAUUAUUCGAAAAACUAGAAGAACAGAAACAGCGCAUUGACGAUUUAAUGAAACAAAAAGAUGACAUUAUAAAAGAAUGUCAAAUCGAACUAACUCGACUCAAUGAAGAUUAUUACAUUGAUCAAAUUCGUCAAAAUUCUGAUAUAUAUUGCCUAAUUGAAAGAGUUGAUAAUCAAGUAAAUUUAAUUAAAAAUACGUAUAAUGAACAUUUAGUAUUAUUGCAAGAUACUAUAGAGUCAGAAAGAAAAAGCGUAUUCAGUAAAAUGUCAGAGAGUUGGCAAGAUCUAUAUAACAAACAGACGCAUCAUGAAACUGUGAAACAUACUAAACAAAAACAGAAAUCUAGAUUCUAUGACAAUGAAAUUGCAAGAAUAUCAAGAGAACAAGAAGAAAUAACAAGAGGAACUCGCAUACGCUUGGAGCGUGACGCUGAGGCGUUACAACUUGAAUUAAAAAAAGUCAAGAAUACGGUUAUGAUGAAUUCUGAAAAAAUGGAUUAUAAUUAUCGUGUACUGCAAAAACGUAACGAGGAAAACGUUAUUGUAAGUAACCAACAAAAAAGAAGAGUCAGUCGAAUUAUGGAAGCGAUAAAUAUACUAAAAAAAAAAAUAAAAGACACGAAGAUAAAUUCUGAAAUCAAUAUAAAAAAUUUAACAAAAGAAAUUGUUCAACUGCAAUCGAAUAUUUUAGAGUUAGAAGCUAAAGCUGAACGCUUCCGAGCUUUAAAUGAAAAAAGAUAUAAUACAGUUUGGGAUAUGAAUUGUAAGGAAGCCACAGAACUUACAAAUAAAGUUUUAGAUAUUGACCGAUUAUUAUUCGAGCAGCAGUUGGGCUUGGAUUGGGUACGUCCCAAUAUUUUAAAAAUUAAGAAAUCAGAACUUCCUUUCUUCAAAAAGGAUUCAAGUCGAAGCGGAACGACAGCUUCAUCUUUCACUUUUCAUAUUUUUAUACAAGAUUCAAAACUUUCAGAUUUGAGAUCAGACAAAUUAUCUCGAAAUAGUUGUAAAACAGAUGAUGAAAAACUCAACGAAAAUCUUCUACGAAAUAUAUUGUUCAAAAUUGCUGAUCGUGCUGGAUUUUUAUGCGAGGAACGUCUUCUAGAAGUACUAGAACCUUACACUGAAAAUCAAAAAACAUUAGUACGGAUUGACAACAUAUUAAGCGCUUUGAAUAUAAAGAGCUUUAGUGACGUUGAAUGCCUUACAAAAUAUUUUCUACCAUAUGCAUAUUGCCCUAACUGUUCGGAUGGAAUUCAAAUUGAAGAUGUUGAAGAAAUUUUAGAAAGAGAUAGUCCUUCUAAAGAAAAAAUUCAUCAAUUAGAAGAAGAUGCAAACAUUUUUAAACAUAGGACAGAUAGUAUUAAAGAAACAAAACUUGUACCAUGUACACCACAUGCAGAAGAAAUUCACGAAACUUCUUCCCAAAGAAGUGGGACUGCUUUUGAAAAUUUUUCAGAAGAAAUCGAUCAAAAGGUUGAUACUUUAAUUUCAAAAACGUCGCCAGAACAUGAGCUUAAACUUGAAACAUUAAAAAUUCAAAAAAGCGUUAAAUCCGAAGAGACUCCAAAAUGUGCUAAUCAUUAUUUAAUAAUUGAGCCUAGCUUAGUUCUUACCGGUUUAAAAGAUUUUGCUGAAAAACACUUGCAAAAACAUUCGGGAAUUACAUCAAGUUCACCAAGUAAUUCAGAAACCAGCUCUAAUACAAAAAUGAUUUCAAGCGGCGAAGUAAAAAAAUUUUGGAAUCAAUUCAGUGAUGUUAUUACUGAAGAAAAGUUAAAGUUAUGGAAAUGCGUUGAACAUGGUCUUAAUCAUUAUUUAGUUACCUUAAGAGACAGGGAAGAACUUGACAGGCAAUGUGAAUUCUUAAGAAGACAAAAUGCAGAAUUGAAACAUUUAUUAACAAGAUAUUUGCCAGAAAAUCAAGAAGAAUCAGUCAAGCAGAAAGAGUAAAUAAGAAAUAAAUUUAUGAUACAUAUGAAAAAUAAAAACAUUGAACUGCAUAAUCUAAAAUAAUUCUAAGAGAAAUCUUUUAAACACACAUUAUAUAUGACGUGUUCAAUA